AUGGCGGUGCCACGUCUGUUGGUUUUUGGCUCAUUGGAAGAGAAAAACCCACGGGGAAAUGAUGCAAAACCCAUGUGUGCCGAAGACGACGUGGAAAUAGAGGACAUGCAGUGGAACGAUGAGUUGCAGGCGUACACUUAUCCAUGCCCCUGCGGAGAUCUAUUCCAGAUCACGAAGGAAGAUCUAAAACUCGGCGAGGAAAUCGCUCGUUGCCCUAGCUGUUCUCUCUACAUCACGGUCAUAUACAACGCUGAAGACUUCGCCGACAAAAAAUCUAAGAACAACCUCGAUCCUCAGAAACGGCAGCCAGUCUCCGUUGCUUGAGGCUUUAAAGAUCCUGUGGAGUCGAGGACAAUUGGGAUACAGAACUAGUCUGCAACUCCUCUCCGCAUGUUGGGUACCGAAGCAAAUUGAUAAAACAGUUUUCUCCACAGCAUUAGAUGCUGGAUGAUCCUCUGCAGCAAAAUAAUGUGGACGCUAUGUAUUGUUAGGACGGACGACCUUGUUGGUGACAAGGAGUCGUCUUUAUGGAACGGUUAUUGGCGUUGGGUAACAUUUUGCGGUGAAAAUUCAACAUCAACAAAUAUAGCAGCAGACAAGGUCCGAGUCAUGUUCAUGUUGAGUCGAGCUGAUGCCGAGAGACUAAAGCAUUUGGUCACAGCAGCCGAUGAUAAACAACAAUGUCACAUCUCAACGUUUGUAGUCGGAUGUGCCUUGAUAUGGGUUUGCUUGAUUAAAUCACGUCCAUUAGACUGCCGGAAUCGUUUCAGAUUUUCGGUAUCGAUGACAUACCUUUGGAAUUGUUUGAUAGCAGGCUGUGUUAUUAUACAGAAAAGCGAGGCAAUAGGAGACAAUGGGAUCAUUUUGGCUGCCAAGGCUUUGGGAAAAAGAAUUAAAGCAAUAGAAAAAGAUUGGACAGACAAUGGGGCAUGGAGUAUCGCAGAAGGGUCGAAAACGGGGUGUCCGUGUCUUACCGGUGUCGCCGAAUCACCUAACCUCCGAGUGUAUGAAACGGAUUCCGGUGGGGAAGGGCUUGCAAGGUUGAGCUGACACACAUUGAUUACGUCAGAGUGAUAUCUUUAACGGAGUACAGAGAUGGGCAGGGCGGAAUAGAGGCGGAUCUAGCUUUGAACAGUAAUCAAAUGGAUGAGUUGGUUACUACUUUUUAGCAAAGUUUGAAGCUCUUUUCAGUUUAAUAUAAUCGUUAUUAUAUCAAUAUUUUCGCAGCAAGUAGUUAAA